AUGCUGCGGAUCAAGUUCAAUGCUCAUCCCAUCACCAAUGGCAGCUUCAAGCGCAUCGGUCUCGGUAUCUUCCCUUCUGCCUGUAUGUUGAACCAUGCUUGCAACUACAAUGCUGUGUACUCCUUCGUGCCGGGAGGAGCAGAGGUGCAUGCAAAUGCUAUUGACUUUGGACUGAACACUUCAAGCCAGCUUAUUCGUCGACAGAAGCUCAUAAGAGAAGGUUAUUUCUUUCAGUGUGCUUGCGAAUGGUGCGCGGGAACAUCGGGUCCAGAAAGAUAUUUCAAUUCAUUAGUUUGCAAUCCAUGGCCAGACUGCGAUGGGCACAAGUGCGAGGCUGCGAUCUUGCCUGACGCGAAUGGCGAUGAGGGUCAAGCGGUAGUGAUAUGUGACGCUUGCAAGAGGAGGCACCCGAUCACGGAAAUGAAUGCUUUGAACAAAUCAGCGGAGGAGAUGUUAGAAAGUGCACUGGAGACGAUGCACAAAGACGCGACCCAUGGGCAGAUGAAGCUUUCAAAGUUCUUGGAGUCGAAAGAAGCACAAAAAUUGCACCCAUAUCACCUUCUGAGGUUCAAGAACGUGCUGAUGAUCAUCUGA